AUGACAGGAAUGCCAAACUCUGGCAAGAUUGUUCUUACCCCCGAUAUAGAAGAGCUGGUAAGAGAACGAGUUCUGGCUGAAACAAGAGCGUUGGAGGUGAAAUUCCUCAUCUUCCUGCUGGCGAUUCUUCUAGCCUUUGGUGCUUUCACGUGUCUGUCAUGGGGGAGGAAAGUGAAACGAUCCCACGAACGCGAAAGAGAUUUUGAUGGCGAAGCGAGUUUUGACACCAAAAAGCGCGCAAACGAGAAUCUGCAGCAACUUCGCAACCUGAAGCAGCUGCUUCGCAACCAGCAGGCGCUGAAAGAUUUUCAAGAUGAGGGGCUGGACGAGUUUGUGCGCAACAACCUCGAGGAGUUGUGCGCCAAGAGGACAUCAAGCAACUCAACAGAUAAGAGCAGCGAUAGUGCAAGAGGACGUGCGUACGAUCAGCCGGUUGAGCACAGUACUCGAACGGUCCCUGACUCCCCCCUGCGUCGCAUGUCUGCGGUUCCUCUCAUGCCUGACAGGCACGACGGGAUUUCACUAGCUCCUGCUGAGAGGGAAAACGCGUUCCGAAGGAUGUCGACGACCAACCUGACUGUGCACACGGAGCACCAGCCAGUUGAGCGAACUCCUUCCUCCAGCAGCGGCUGCACCACGAGGUCUGAUCGAAUGCAAAGCUCGCCGCUGCAGAAGCCGCAGAAGCCGCCCAACAUCCCUCCGCUGCGGUUGCAUCAGAUUCCUCCUCAGAACAGAGAAGGGUCGUUCGUAAUGCAACGGGAGAUGAUGUCGGGUAGCGGUAUCUGGUCGAACCACCACCCCGAAGGCAAUGGUGUGCCACACCCAAUGCGACGAACGUCGAGCUCGAUCUCGCCAACGAGGAGGAUGUCUCAGCCCAGCUACGAUCGCUCCUUCAACAACGAGGGUUCUCGUUCGCCGGUCAGAAGCAUGCAAGACGGGGGGAGGAUUUCUCCAUCUCGCAGGAUGCAAGCGGGGAAGAGCAGCGGCACUCGGUUCUACGCAAGCAUCGUGAGCAGAGAAGUCAGGCAGCGCUCGCCGAGGAUGCAGGCCAACGACUCCUUCAAUAACUUGGCGGGAUCCGAAAACAUGUAUGACAACGAGGGGGCGAAGCAUGAGCCGGAGGAGAGCGAGUCGUUUGCCAACAGAGGCAGACAGGCGUAUGCUUCUCAAUCGAACCUGAGUGGCUAUGAAGAACAAGCGCCUGCAGAGGAGAGUAUGCCGGCCCCGCAGGUGUUUCGUCGCAAGCGAUCGCAGGGAGUCGAUCAGCAUGCUACAAGCUAG